AUGGCCGCAGCCAGCUUUCUAGAGAGGGUUGUGGCCAUGUUCAAUUGUAAACAAGACCCAGUAGAACAUGCGAAUGGAAAGUCACAAACCUCUGGGUGCUUGAAAAGAUCCUUGGGACCUCAUGCACAUCUGCGGAAACUGGAUGGAGAGAUUUGGGGAAGUAUGGACUCUUUAGCCGGCUUAGUUCUCUAUGGAGUCAGCUUGCUCCUUUCUGGAACAGUGGAUGGUGCCAUGGACCUGAUCUUGAUCAAUUCCCUACCUCUUGUGUCUGAUGCUGAAACAUCCCUCACCUGUAUUGCCUCUGGAUGGCGCCCCAAUGAGCCCAUUAUCAUAGGAAGAGACUUUGAAGCCUUAAUGAAUCAGCACCAGGACCCACUGGAAGUUACUCAAGAUGUGACUAGAGAAUGGGCUAAAAAAGUCGUUUGGAAGAGAGAAAAAGCUAGUAAAAUCAAUGGUGCUUAUUUCUGUGAAGGGCGAGUUCGAGGAGAGGCAAUAAGGAUACGGACCAUGAAAAUGCGCCAACAAGCUUCCUUCCUACCAGCUACUUUAACUAUGACUGUGGACAGGGGAGAUAAUGUGAACAUCUCUUUCAAAAAGGUAUUGAUGAAAGAAGAAGAUGCAGUGAUUUACAAAAAUGGUUCCUUCAUUCAUUCAGUGCCCCGGCAUGAAGUACCUGAUAUUCUGGAAGUGCAUCUGCCUCAUGCUCAGCCCCAGGAUGCUGGAGUGUACUCGGCCAGGUACAUAGGAGGAAACCUCUUCACCUCGGCCUUCACCAGGCUGAUAGUCCGGAGAUGUGAAGCUCAGAAGUGGGGACCUGAAUGUAACCGUGUCUGCACCACUUGUAUGAACAAUGGUGUCUGCCAUGAAGACACUGGGGAAUGCAUUUGCCCUCCUGGAUUUAUGGGGAGAACAUGUGAGAAGGCUUGUGAACUGCACACAUUUGGCAGAACUUGUAAAGAAAGGUGUAGUGGACCAGAGGGAUGCAAGUCCUAUGUGUUCUGCCUCCCGGACCCCUAUGGGUGUUCCUGUGCCACAGGCUGGAAGGGUCUGCAGUGCAAUGAAGCAUGCCAGACUGGUUAUUAUGGGCCAGACUGUAAGCUCAGGUGCAGGUGCACCAAUGGGGAGAUGUGUGAUCGGUUCCAAGGAUGCCUCUGCUCUCCAGGACGCCAAGGGCUCCAGUGUGAGAAAGAAGGCAUGCCAAGGAUGACCCCAAAGAUAGAGGAUUUGCCAGAUCACAUAGAAGUAAACAGUGGUAAAUUUAACCCCAUCUGCAAAGCAUCAGGCUGGCCACUACCUGCUAAUGAAGAAAUGACUCUGGUGAAACCAGAUGGGACUGUGCUCCAUCCAAAAGACUUUAACCAUACAGGUCACCUCUCAGUGGCCACCUUUAUCAUCCACCGGAUCCUCCCCCCUGACUCAGGAGUCUGGGUCUGCAGUGUGAACACCGUGGCUGGGAUGGUGGAAAAGCCUUUCAACAUUUCUGUUAAAGUUCUUCCAAAGCCUCUGAAUGCCCCAAACGUGAUUGACACUGGACAUAACUUUGCUGUCAUCAACAUCAGCUCUGAACCUUACUUUGGGGAUGGACCAAUCAAAUCCAAGAAACUUCUAUACAAACCUGUUAAUCAUUAUGAGGCAUGGAGGCAGAUUCAAGUGACAAAUGAGAUUGUUACACUCAACUAUUUGGAACCUCGAACAGAAUAUGAGCUCUGUGUGCAGCUGGUCCGGCGUGGAGAGGGCGGAGAAGGGCAUCCUGGACCCGUGAGACGGUUCACAACAGCUUCUAUCGGUCUUCCUCCUCCAAGAGGCCUCAGUCUCCUACCAAAAAGCCAGACCACUCUAAAUUUGACCUGGCAACCAAUAUUUCCAAGCUCAGAAGAUGACUUUUACGUUGAAGUUGAAAGGAGGUCUGUGCAAAUGAAUAGUGAUCAGCAGAAUAUCAAAGUGCCAGGCAACUUGACAUCAGUGCUGCUUAACAAUCUACACCCCAGGGAGCAGUAUGUAGUUAGAGCCAGAGUCAACACCAAGGCCCAAGGGGAGUGGAGUGAAGACCUCACUGCUUGGACCCUCAGUGACAUUCUACCACCUCAACCUGAAAACAUCAAGAUUUCCAACAUCACAGACUCCACAGCCAUGAUCUCUUGGACAAUCUUGGAUGGCUAUUCUAUAUCUUCAAUUAUCAUCCGUUACAAGAUUCAGGGCAAGAAUGAAGACCAGCACAUCGAUGUGAAGAUCAAAAAUGCCACCAUCACCCAGUAUCAGCUCAAGGGCCUGGAGCCUCAAACAGUGUACCAGGUGGACAUUUUUGCAGAGAACAACAUAGGGUCAAGCAACCCAACCUUUUCUCAUGAACUGACAACUCUCUCCGAGUCUCAAGUACCAGCAGAACUCGGAGGUGGGAAGAUGCUGCUUAUAGCUAUCCUUGGCUCGGCGGGAAUGACCUGCCUGACAGUGCUGUUCGCCUUUCUGAUCAUGUUGCAGUUGAAGAGGGCAAACGUCCAAAGAAGAAUGGCCCAAGCCUUCCAAAAUGUGAGGGAAGAACCAACUGUACAGUUCAACUCAGGAACCCUGGCCCUGAACAGGAAGGCCAAAAACAACCCAGAUCCUACAAUUUAUCCAGUGCUUGACUGGAAUGACAUAAAAUUUCAAGAUGUGAUUGGGGAGGGUAAUUUUGGCCAGGUUCUAAAGGCGCGCAUCAAGAAGGACGGAUUACGGAUGGACGCUGCCAUUAAGAGGAUGAAAGAAUAUGCCUCCAAAGAUGACCACAGGGACUUUGCAGGGGAAUUGGAGGUCCUUUGUAAACUUGGACACCACCCAAACAUCAUCAAUCUCUUGGGAGCGUGUGAACAUCGUGGCUACCUGUACCUUGCCAUCGAGUAUGCUCCCCAUGGAAACCUGCUGGACUUCCUACGCAAAAGCCGAGUGCUGGAGACCGACCCGGCAUUUGCCAUUGCCAACAGCACCGCUUCCACACUAUCUUCCCAACAGCUGCUUCAUUUUGCGGCAGAUGUGGCCCGGGGGAUGGACUACUUGAGCCAAAAACAGUUUAUUCACAGGGAUCUGGCUGCCAGGAACAUUUUAGUUGGUGAAAACUAUGUAGCCAAAAUAGCAGAUUUUGGAUUGUCCCGAGGUCAAGAAGUUUAUGUGAAAAAGAGUCAGGGAAGGCUCCCGGUGCGUUGGAUGGCGAUCGAGUCACUAAAUUACAGCGUAUAUACAACCAACAGUGACGUAUGGUCUUAUGGAGUGUUACUGUGGGAGAUUGUUAGCUUAGGUGGCACCCCCUACUGCGGGAUGACGUGUGCAGAACUCUACGAAAAGCUGCCCCAGGGCUACAGACUGGAGAAGCCCCUAAACUGUGAUGACGAGGUGUAUGAUCUAAUGAGACAAUGCUGGCGGGAGAAGCCCUAUGAGAGGCCCUCGUUUGCCCAGAUAUUGGUGUCCUUAAACAGGAUGUUAGAAGAACGAAAGACCUACGUGAAUACCACGCUUUAUGAGAAGUUUACCUACGCAGGGAUCGACUGCUCUGCUGAAGAAGCGGCCUAG